CGUCUCUCUGUAGCCAUCUCAGAACCGAAAGCUUCCAUCGCCUAUUUGCAUGUCAGAACUGAAGGCUCGCCUCCCAUCUGCUUCAGAUCUGCAUUUACGGUGUACAUUCAGAAAGAACAAAUUUGUGAGUAAGAAUGUCGGCGACGAAAACAAGUCUACCGAAGUCUGAAGCCAUUUCUAAAGGCUACAACUUCGCUUCUACUUGGGAACAGAGUGCUCCACUGACAGAGCAACAACUGGCAGCGAUAGGAGCACUAUCUCAUGCAGUUGCUGAGCCGCCUUUUCCAGCCAAUUUGGCCCCAGAGCACAUAUCUGGACAUGACACGGGCUUAUACAUUUCGAUGAAGCACAGCACUGUGGAAGAAACUGGGGCCAUAGAAACAGUUUUGAUCAAUACAAAUCAGUUUUAUAACUGGUUUAUGGAUCUUGAAGCAGCCAUGAAAUCAGAGGCAGAAGAAAAAUAUCAGUGCUAUGUAAAUACUUUAACAGAUCGUAUACAGAAAUGUGAUGGCAUACUUCAUCAGGUUGAUGAAACCCUUGAUCUGUUUAAUGAUCAACAGCUGGAGCAUCAAGCAGUGGCAACAAAGACAAAAUCUGUUCAUGAUGCAUGUGACAGACGGCUGCUAGAGAAGCAAAGACUGAUAGAAUUUGCAGAAUCACUUCGUAGUAAGCUCAACUACUUUGAUGAAUUGGAAAACGUUGCUACCAGUUUUUAUUCUCCAUAUAUGACCCUCGCCAAUGGGAAUUUUCUUCCACUGCUCAAAAGACUUGAUGAGUGCAUAUCGUAUUUUGAAAGUAAUCCACAGUAUGCAGAGUCCAGCGUUUACUUGGUCAAAUUUCGACAAUUUCAGUCUCGAGCCCUGGGUAUAAUUUGUUCUCAUGUGCUUUCUGUUCUCAAAAGCACUUCCUCUCAGGUUCAGGCAGCAAUUCAAAGCAAUAAUGGCAGUAAAGCAGCAGUUUCUGAGGGAUUGGAGACAUCGGUUAUAUAUGUCCGCUUCAAGGUGGCAGCAAGUGAGCUUAAGCCAGUGUUGGAGGAAAUUGAAAGCAGAUCAUCAAGGAAAGAAUAUGUUCAAAUUCUUGCAGAAUGCCACAAACUAUACUGCGAACAGAGACUCUCCUUGGUAAGGGGUAUAGUGCAUCAACGGAUUUCUGAAUUUGCCAAGAAAGAGUCAUUGCCGUCAUUGACUAGAUCUGGUUGUGCGUAUCUCAUGCAGGUGUGUCAGCAUGAGCACCAACUCUUUGAUCAUUUUUUUCCAUCUUCUUCCAAGGAUAUUUCUAGCUUGGCUCCUUUGAUAGAUCCUCUGUGUACUAACUUGUAUGACACGUUGCGCCCAAGACUUAUUCAUGAAACAAAUCUUGAUACUCUUUGUGAACUUGUUGACAUUCUCAAAGUUGAAGUCCUAGGAGAACAACUGAGCAGACGAAGUGAAUCUUUAGCUGGACUACCUCCUACACUAGACAGGAUUUUAGCAGAUGUUCACGAGCGGUUAACUUUUCGUGCUCGAACGCACAUUUGUGAUGAGAUCACGAAUUAUGUUCCUUUUGAUGACGAUUUGGAUUAUCCCACAAAGCUGGAGCGAUCGGCUGAGAUGAAAUCAGAAAGUACUGCAACAGAUCAAAGUCCAGAUAUCUUUAAAACUUGGUAUCGUCCCCUUGAGAAAACUCUAUCAUGUUUGUCAAAGUUGGAUCGUUGUCUAGAACCGCCUGUUUUCACCGGUUUGGCACAGGAAGCGGUAGAAGUUUGUUCCUUAUCCAUCCAAAAAGCAAGCAAACUCAUUGUGAAAAAAUCUUCACCAAUGGAUGGGCAACUCUUCCUUAUAAAGCAUCUUCUUAUUUUAAGGGAGCAGAUUGCACCAUUUGAUAUAGAGUUCUCAGUCACGCACAAGGAGCUUGAUUUCUCUCAUUUGCUGGAGCAUCUGAGACGAAUUCUUAGAGGUCAGGCCUCACUAUUUGGUUGGUCAAGCUCAACUUCCUUGGCAAGAACACUAUCUCCUAGAGUUUUGGAAAGUCAAAUGGAUGCCAAGAAGGAUCUGGAGAAAAGCCUCAAAUCCACUUGUGAAGAGUUCAUUAUGUCAGUCACUAAGCUAGUUGUGGAUCCCAUGCUUUCGUUUGUGACUAAGGUGACAGCUGUGAAAGUUGCAUUGUCCUUGGGCAGUCAGAAUCAAAAGCUGGAGUCAGUUAUGGCAAAACCACUCAAGGAUCAAGCUUUUGCUACACCAGAUAAAGUUAGAGAACUUGUUCAGAAGGUCAGUGCUGCCGUUCAGCAAGAGUUGCCGAGCGUGAUGGAAAAAAUGAAGCUUUAUUUGCAGAACCCAUCAACACGUACAAUACUUUUCAAACCCAUAAAGACUAACAUUGUGGAGGCCCAUAUUCAAGUACAGUCCCGACUGAAAUCGGAGUAUACACCCGAAGAGAUGCAGAGCAUUAACAUGGUUUCCAUACAGGAUUUGCAAGAUAAACUUGACAACAUGCUGUAGGGUAAUUCUGAAGGCUUGCAUUUCCCAUCUCCAUCAUUUGUGUUUUUUCUUCCCAUUGCUGCUUGUGAAGGGGCCUCGAUUUUGUGACUUGCGCAUGAAAAUAGUAUUCCACCAUAAUGAUAAAAAUAAUGAUGGCAUAGACAUCAAUAUGAUCUUGACUUCAGUGGUUGUUUUACUUAUUCCAAAUUCACUACUUUAAUUAGGUACAGUACAAUUAUAAGGACAUGUUACAUGUGUUUUUUCAUAUUUAAAAUAGACAUGAUGAUAGAUUACCCC